UGAGCUUGUGCAAGGACUGUAUUAAAGGCGUCACCUGGGAAGGCACUCCCAAAGGCAAAUGGGAGAAAAUGGGAGGCGUCGACUGCUAUGUCGGAACUCCGUCGUCGGACUACCCGAAGGACAAAGUAGUCCUGUUCCUUUCAGACAUCUUCGGGCCCCAGCUCGUCAAUGCCCAGGUCAUGGUGGACGACUUCGCUGCGAAUGGGUUCAAGGUCAUCGCUCCGGACUACCUCAAUGGAGAUCCCGUCCCGCCAAACGCGUUGGAACCAGGAAGCAACUUCGAUGUACAUGGGUGGCUCGCGGGACAUGGGAAUGAACAGACACGUCCCGUUCUCGACAAAGUUAUGAAGGCACUUGGCGAAGAAGGAGUGACUGCGUUUGGCGCAACGGGCUACUGCUUCGGGGCUCGCUAUUGCUUUGAUCUCGCUUUCGAGAACCUUAUUCAGGCGGUCGUCGUGUCCCACCCAUCGCAUAUCCAAGUUCCAGCUGAUCUUGAGGAAUACUUCACAACAUCCAAAGCGCCUCUCUUGAUCAACUCGUGCCCCGUCGACCAGAUGUUCCCCUUGGAGUCAUGCGCAGCCGCCGACUCCAUCUUCGGCGACGGCAAGUUCGCGCCUGGGUACAAGCGAGAGUUCUUCGAAGGAUGUGUGCAUGGCUUCGCAGUUCGAGGUGACAUUAAUGACCCUAAAGUGAAGGCGGGGAAGGAAGGUGCAUUUAGGUCAGCCGUGGAGUGGUUCGCGUCCAACCUUUGAG